GUCGUUCACAUAUAAACCCUAACCGCCAUAUAGGUUUUGCAUUUUCUGCAGAGUGAGCUAGUUUUUCAGAUCGCCGCUGCUAUCACAUUCUCUAUCGGCAAAUCCGAAAAUGGCGGCUCAAAUGAGCAAAAAGCGAAAGUUUGUGGCUGAUGGUGUGUUCUUCGCUGAGUUGAACGAGGUGUUGACUCGUGAGCUGGCGGAGGAUGGAUACUCCGGUGUGGAGGUUAGGGUUACUCCCAUGAGGACUGAAAUCAUCAUCCGUGCAACUCGCACUCAGAACGUUCUCGGUGAGAAGGGCAGGAGAAUCAGAGAGCUGACUUCUGUGGUUCAGAAGAGGUUCAGGUUUCCGGAGAACAGUGUCGAGUUGUAUGCCGAGAAAGUCAACAACAGGGGUCUUUGUGCCAUUGCCCAGGCUGAAUCCCUUCGCUACAAACUCCUCGGUGGCCUUGCAGUCAGAAGGGCUUGCUAUGGUGUUUUGAGGUUUGUUAUGGAGAGUGGAGCUAAGGGAUGUGAGGUGAUUGUUAGUGGGAAAUUGAGAGCUCAACGUGCCAAAUCCAUGAAGUUCAAGGAUGGGUACAUGAUCUCUUCCGGUCAGCCCGUGAAAGAGUACAUCGACGCUGCUGUUAGACACGUUCUACUCAGACAGGGAGUGCUUGGUAUCAAGGUCAAGAUCAUGCUUGACUGGGACCCGAAAGGAAAGCAAGGGCCCACAACUCCCCUUCCCGAUCUGGUCACAAUUCAUCCUCCAAAGGAAGAAGAGGUUUACAUCAGGCCAUCAACCGCUGUACCAGCCGAGGUUGAGGUGGAAGCAUAGAUCAAUCUUCAUCCCUAACUUAUUAGAUUGGAGUUUGUUUGUUUCACUCUUUUUGAGAGCCUUCGUAAUGUUUUUUUUUACGGACGAGUACACUAUGAAAACAUGUGAUGAACCAAUUUUCCUUCUAUAACAGUAAAUUUUGUUUUGCUAUGUUUAUUAAAGAUUAUUAUUCAGCUAC